AAGAGAAGGUGCUUUCACCACAGAUGCCAGCAUUCUCCAAGGAUUAAUCCCUUCAUCCUUAAAUUACACCAGCUCCUAUUAAUAUCAUGGGACCUGACGGUGGUUUCCUAAGCAGUGGACAACUUCAUGUCAUUGUGUGGGGAAGUUUGGCAGCUGUGACAACACUCUUAUUCCUUACUUUCCUUAUCUUUCUGUGUUCCAGCUGUGACAGGGAAAAGAGGCCAAAACAUCAGAAUGGGGACCAUGAAAAUCUGAUGAAUGUGCCUUCAGAUAAGGAGAUGUUCAGCCAUUCCAUCACAAGUCUGGCUAUAGAUCCUCUUGUCAGCAGUGACCAGAAUGGGGGACUGAGUAAUGGGGAUGUUCUCUCAGAAGACAGCACAACUGCCUGCAUCCAGCCUUAUGAAGACGUACAAACUUCUGUUUCUGAUCUGUUAGACCAUCAGGAUGCUCUGGGAAAGUCGAUAAAAUGUCACCAGAGCCGGGAGCUACCCAGAAUUCCUCCUAACGAUGCCAUGGAAACCAUCCUCUCCCCAAGAAAUAUUGAAAAUGAUCAGGGUCUUGGAAUGGAAGGGCCUUAUGAGGUCUUGAAAGAUAGCUCCUCCCAAGAAAACAUAGUUGAAGACUGCUUGUAUGAAACUGUGAAGGAAAUUAAGGAGGUAAGAGUAGCAGCCAACGCUGAGAGAAGCUGUGGUAGCAAACCAAAGUCUACACCAACAGUUGCUGAAGGUCUGGACCAGAUUCCUGAGCGCAGGACUGAAUCAGCAGAAUAUGCCUCCGUUGACCGAAAUAAAAAAAGUCGGCAAAGUACUAAUUCAGAGAGUCCUCUUGGCAACACUCCAAACGUGGAAGAUGAGGCUCCACCUCCCGUACCUAUGAAAUUCCUUGAUGAAAAUGAGAACGUUCAGGAAAAGGAAGCAGAGGAGAAAGAAGAGGUGACUGAGGGGGCUGGUGAACCUGAUAAGGUAAACCCUAUACUGACAAUUGUAUAAUG